AUGAGCAUCACGCUCCGCAAUGCCGCGCUCGUGUUCUCCAAUAUCGUUCUCAUAGCUGCUCUUCUCAUUUUUGCAAAGGGAUUCUUUCCUCAUAAAGCCUUUCUACCGGGAUUGGCAACAUGGCCUACCACAUCUGAAGCAGGGGCUCGGCCAUCGCCUUUUGAUCGCGUCAUCUUCAUGGUUGUUGAUGCCUUACGGAGUGAUUUCGUCUAUGGAAAUGCCUCUGGCUUUGCCUUCACUCAAAGUCUGAUAAGGUCUGGCGCUGCAGUCCCAUUCACCGGUCAUGCUAGUCCGCCAACCAUCACUAUGCCACGCGUCAAGGCCAUCACAACCGGCUCAGUCCCAAGCUUUGUGGAUCUCAUCCUCAACUUUGCCGAGUCGGACACGACGUCGACCCUCAAGGAUCAAGACACAUGGUUGGCUCAGUUACGAGCGAAAGGCGGCAGGCUCGUGAUGUAUGGAGACGAUACUUGGCUGCGGCUGUUUCCGGAUUUCUUCACUCGAGCUGAUGGAACGACGAGUUUCUUUGUGUCCGACUUCACCGAAGUCGACAACAAUGUCACCAGGCAUAUCCCCUCUGAAUUAACAAACCAGGACUGGUCUGGAAUGACACUCCACUUCCUCGGCCUGGACCAUAUCGGGCACAAAACUGGGCCUAAAGGACCAAGAAUGCCGGCCAAGCAGGCCGAGAUGGAUGCCAUCGUCAGGGACAUUUAUUCAAAAAUGGAAAGCAAUGGCCAUCUCAAGUCAUGCCUAUUAGUACUGCUUGGUGACCAUGGCAUGAAUGAGGGCGGGAACCAUGGGGCCUCUUCUCCGGGCGAAGUUUCCACGGCGCUUACGUUCAUCUCUCCAAAGUUCAGGUCGGCCUUCGAAGGACAACCUUGCCCCGUCAAUGAUGCGGUUGACUACCAGUACUACGACACCGUUGAACAAUCGGACAUUGUUCCCACUCUUGCUGCUCUACUGGGACUUCCCAUUCCACUCAAUAACCUCGGGGUUCUCAUCCCGCGGUUGUUGGAGCUCUGGACCCAUCCGCAGGAUCAGUAUGCGUUGCUUUAUGGCAAUGCAGAACAGGUGCUGCGAAUCGCCGAAGCAACAUUUCCAAGAGAAUUUGGAAAAAUGUCUACGUCUGCGAAAUGCUCAAUCACCGACGGAGAAGACGCCGAAAUCCUCGCCUGUCUAUGGCAACGUGUCGGAGAGGAGCACCGAGCCAUCGCGGCGGACGAGUCACAUUCCAUUCCGUCGACAACCUGUCUCAAAGCUUUCCUGUACAAAGCGCAAAACCUCCUUAGUGGCACAGCCAGUAAUUAUGACCUCACUAGCAUGCAAGCAGGCAUCGGGCUCAGCGUGCUAGCGUUGGCGCUUUGCGUGCCCAGUUUUAUACAGGGUAUCCUUUUGGCAGGCGUAGACGGGGUGAUCCUCCUCGUCAUAAUGAUCGCCUACGCCGUCACUAUGUUCGCCAGCAGCUACGUCGAAGAAGAGCAUCAGUUCUGGUAUUGGAGCCUUGCUGGCUAUAUGGUCAUUCUGCAUUGCAAAGACAGCAGAUUCAAAAUGAUCAACGCCAAUGGGGGUACUCGUGCUAUACUGCAGGGACCGACAGGAACAGCCCUCGCAUACUUCCUUUUCGGUGUGGCCAGACGGUGGAGACAGACUGGCCAGAAAUACGCUGGCGAGCCCGACUUACUUGCUGAAGUCAUCGAACCCAAUUCAUGGUUCCUCUGGAUGCUGGUCAUGCUCGCCUACGCCGCACUUUCGCGCAAUUUGAGUCAUCGAGCAGGGAUAUGGAUGGGCUCACCGCAGAUGGGCAUAUUGCCGGCACUCGUGUCCAUUUCAGCCUUCCUCUUCAAGAUUGCUUUCACCGCAGCAGAUGCGCCUGAGCUGCUCACUUCGUUCGCAAUCCUCAAUCCGCUGGUCGGAUUCGUAUCGGCGUACCCACUCGUGAGCCUGGCAAGAGUGGUCUUCCUAGGUCUUACCCACUUGCUCGCCUGCGCAAUGUACUACGAAGCGCCCUGGAAAGGCGCAGAUCAUCUACGGCGGUUUCUCACGGCAUUUCAAGAUGUGUUAUCGCUGUUCCUCAUUACGCAGUCCCGCACGGUGUAUGUGCCGCUAUUCCUAUUCUUCAACCUCCAACUUUACCUUCUCCGUCGGGGAAGACAGCAUUCGGUCGGCGAGAUUACCAUUCUAGCUCUCCUGUUUCAAUACGCCUCCUUCUUCACUUUUGGCAGCACCAACUCCAUCGCCACCAUCGAUCUAUCUAAUGCAUACAACGGUAUCAGCGGCUAUAAUGUGGCUGCUGUUGGGAUGCUCACGUUCAUAAGUAAUUGGGCGGGUCCGAUAUGGUGGUCCUUUGCAAUUUGCCAGUUGUUCAGUUCGCUUCAUCUCAAAAGUGGUACAUAUUCUUUUCUCUUUACGGCAUUGGCAACUUUCGCUUGCAUCCAUACCUUGUCGGUCAUGGUGGCUUGCAUGGUGCUCAGAGAACACCUCUUUAUAUGGACUGUCUUCUCUCCGAAGUAUCUCUACACAGCCGCUUGGGUAGUGGGCCAGCACUGUGUUGUCAAUGCAUCGUGCGUCGGUUGUCUGCUCUGGCGAACACCUCGCUAG